GGGAGGGGGGCGGGCAGCAGCCGGGAGCAGCGUCGUGGAAGAUAGGCGUGGGGCGGGCUUGGUUUUGGCAGUGAGGAAACAGCGGCCUUUAUCCUCAUCUGUAUAUCUUCAACGUGGCUGAUAGUACAGUAGUUAGGCAAGGCGGCGCAGGCAGAAGUUUGAGGAGCGCGUGGAGUUUGUUCAGCAAACGUCAAAGCCGUGUUCUGUAGGGCACUGAGGAAAAAAAAGAAGAGCUUUCACCGAGUCUUCUGUAAGUGAGCUUCCAUAAAUGUCGUGGUGCUCAAGUAGCUCUUUUGCUCCUACUCUUUAAAAAAAAACACAGAAUGUCUGAAGUUAAGCAGAGGAAAAAAGGUCUUCCUUCAUCCAAGAGCAAUGAAGGUUUCCAGAAACUCGAGAAGCACAGCAGCCGUGGGAAGGUGGUGAGCCACGGCCAGAACUCUGUUGGGAUGGACUCACGGAUGGCCUUGGGUGUGAUUUCUCUCUCUGCCUGCCUGGUGCUGGCCUGGUUACUGUUUCAGCAGUCGAGUCGAUUUGCUGAUAUGGAAAAAAGGUACAAUUUCUUGCAGCAGGAAGCUGAAAGAUUCCUGGACAUGGAAAAUAAAGUUAGCUUAAUUUCUGAAAAGCUUGAGUCUUCUGACAGUAUCCUACAAGAAUCUGCCUCGUCCAUCUCUGUGAUGACUGAGUUUGAGCAGGAAGUAUCUUCUCUUCGUAACACCAUAAGAGAGAUUGAGAACAACGAACAGACUCUGUUUAUGGAGAUGCAGGGCAUUAAUGAGAAGUUCCAAAAUAUUACGAAUUCCUGGAGAAGAAGCAUGGAUGAAAUGAACACAAACACUAGUGGCAUAAAAUCUGAAGCGAAGUUCAUACACACAGAAGUUACUACCCAAAUUAAUAAAGUUGACCAAAGAAUUAAAUCCCUUUCAGAAAGAUUAAAAGACUUGGAAGACGGUACAGCCAGAAAUAUUAAAACAGUAAAAAGGCAAGAAGAUGAUGAAUUUGCUAUGGUUGAACAGAAGUUGGACUCGCAUGCGACAGCAAUUGAAAAACUAGAAGAAGAGCAGAAUAGUCUGUUAGCCAAGAACACAGACCUGAGUCAGAAACUUGCAGCCUAUGAACCUAAAAUUGAGGAGUGCAAGACCCAUUUGCCAAAAAUUGAAAAUGCUAUUCAUUCUAUCCUUAGAUUAUCAAGUGAAUUGCUAAAUAUGGAGAAGAAGAUAGAGAACUUGGCAACACAGCUGUAUACUGUGGAAAGUAAUAUGUUGAAAACUGUCUCCGAUACAGUGGCGAUGCAAAACGUUCUUGAAGGUGCACAGUACAAUGACAGCAUAGCAAAACUACAAAAUAAAACAGCAGUUAUAGAAGAAGUAGUACGUGACGUGGAAGUAUCCUCAAGUGCUGAAGGAAUAACUUUAGUAGGCUAUAAAUUAGAAAGUGACCAAGAUGGGGAUAAGUGAAUUUGGUCUUAAGGUUUACACUGACAGAAGAAGCACUUUAAUUGAUUCUAAGUUAUGUGACUCCAAUGUACGAGCUGGGAGUUGGGAGGGGGACGGAGACAUCACAUUAACAUUUAUGUUUAGUUCUCAUUGCUUUGGUUUCCAUAUUGUUACUUUUUGUUAUCAUACUUCAUCGACUUUGUAACACAGUGAACAAUUGAUUUCUCUAGGAAGAGUAGUUAACACUGCACAUUCAGGACACUCUGAAACCUCUAUUUCUCAACGUUAGGAUAUUUCAGGUUCAUGUAUUUAUUAUUUAUGUAUAGAUUGUAUCUAUUUACAGUCAUAUUCAAUAAAAAUAUGUUGCAGUGUA